AUGGCAAAGAAGACAGGAGGCGCUGAUGGUACUCGGGAGGGAAUUCCUGACGAGUCUACUUCGAACAUGGCUGAAUUUCGAUCCAUUCUUCUCGAGAAUCAGAUAGCAACUCAAGCUUCGAUUCAACAACUUGGGGAAACCCUAACAGCUCGGAUGGAUGCCUUAACCACCGCAAUUACCGCCCUUGUGGAACAGCAACGUCACCACGAUGCUCCACCACCACAAGCGCAGCCCGUAAAUCUUCCUCACCAGCCUCCACCACAACGACAACUACAACAACCACGGCUCCCACCUCCACCCCAACCACGACAACAACAACAAUUUCUUCCCCCACCACACCAGGAUAUACGCCAGCAUAACCAGCAUCAACAACACUUUGAAGAAGAUGAAGAUGAUCAACACUUCCGUGUCUUUCAAGACGAGCUUCGACGAAGAGACAACUACGACAAUCAUUGGGAGCGCAGUUUUCGUGUAGACAUACCAGAGUUCCACGGUGGUCUCCGCGGGGACGAACUCAUCGAAUGGCUAGUUUCAGUAGAAGAGAUCCUUGAGUUUAAACAGGUGCCACCAGCUCGACGCGUUCCUCUCGUUGCAAUGCGUUUCAGAGGUCAUGCUGCGAAAUGGUGGAAGCAGAUUAAAACCACUCGAUCUCGUACUGGUAAAACGCCAAUCCAGUAUUGGGAAAAAUUAACCAAACAUCUCCGACAAACUUUCUUACCCCACAACUAUGAACGCACCAUGUAUACGAAGUUGCAGAAUCUUCGACAAGGUAACCGUACCGUGGACGAAUAUGCAGAGGAGUUUGCUUUGCUAUUAACUCGCAACGAGAUUAAUGACAGCCAGGUCCAACUUGUCUCACGCUUCAUUGGGGGCCUACGACCUCAGCUUCAAAACUCAAUGGCACAAUUUGACCCCUCCACCGUAGGUGAAGCACACCGUCGCGCAGCUUCAUUCGAACAACAAUCCCGAUCAUCUAGUUGGAACCCGUCUUCAUCUCGAUCACGUACGCAAGAUGCAUCAAUCAGCAACACUCCUUCUAUUCCGGCAAAAGAGACAGGUGAUGCCGCAAAUUCAACGUCCAAACCAGCAACACAAGAGGAUCCACCAUUACGUCGUUCUACACGACCGACUACGACGAGAUGUUACGGUUGUGGAGAACCGGGACACCGGCUGAACGCUUGCCCUCAUGCAACGCGACGUGGGUUGUUAGCUGAUGAUUCACUCGAGGAACCAGAGGUCUAUGAUUCGCAAGAGGAAGAAGAUACCAACGACAACCCAAGUCAUAUCACUACCGGCGAUAGUGGAUGUACUUUGCUCCUCCACCGCUCUUGUCUGACUCCGCUUCAACAAGACGACAAGUGGUUACGUACUAAUAUUUUUCACUCCACUUGUACUAUCAAAGAGCGUGUUUGCAGUUUUGUUAUUGAUUCGGGGAGUAGUCGUAAUGUGAUCUCGGAAGAGGCCGUCGAUAAGCUUGGAAUUGCACGCGAGAAACACCCGGCACCUUAUACUCUUGGAUGGCUUAACAAUACAGCAAAUAUUCGCAUCACUCACCGAGCCAUAGUACCAUUCUCGAUUGGACCUUACUACCGUGAUCGGAUCUACUGCGAUAUUGCCCCAAUUGACUUUUGUCAUCUUCUUUUAGGCCGUCCAUGGGAAUAUGAUCGAAAGAUUAUCCAUGAUGGUGCAAAGAACACUUACAGUUUCCUUUGGAACAAUCACCAAAUUGUUCUUGUCCCAUCUCCAGAGACAGCCCUGGCUUCUUCUUCCCACGCUCCGGCAAAUGACCGAACCCCACCUGCAACAAACACACAAUCAACUACCCUAUUGUGUUCUUAUGCGUCAUUCAUCUCGGAGUUUCACAAGGAAGGUGUGGCUUUCGCUCUUGUUCCAGCAUCUACACCUCGUCUUCUCGCUACAACAAAGGCGUCUCCUUUGGAUACUGUUCUACAAGAAUUUGCAGACGUCUUCCCAAAGGAACUUCCAGAAGGACUGCCUCCUCUGCGGGAUAUUCAACACCAAAUUGAUCUGGUUCCCGGGGCAACGUUACCUAACCGGCCUCACUACCGAAUGAGUCCAAAAGAGCAUGAAGAAUUGAGACGUCAGGUUGAGAAUCUUUUGCGCAAAGGCCACAUUAAGGAAAGCCUUAGCCCGUGUGCCGUACCGGCUCUUUUGAUACCUAAGAAGGAUGGGUCGUGGCGUAUGUGUGUGGACAGUCGUGCUAUUAACAAAAUCACUGUCCGUUAUAGGUUUCCCAUUCCUCGACUUGACGACCUUCUAUAUCAGAUUGGCAAUGCGAAGAUAUUCUCUAAAAUUGACCUUAAAAGCGGUUACCAUCAGAUUCGUAUUCGUCCCGGCGAUGAAUGGAAGACAGCUUUCAAGACACGUGAAGCAUUGCGCCCAUUCAUUGGACGUUUUGUGGUUGUCUACUUCGAUGAUAUUUUAAUUUUUAGCACUUCCUUGGCCGAGCAUACGGAGCACUUGCGCAAGGUCCUCACGGUUCUCCGAGCAGAAAAACUAUUUGCAGCUAAGCAGAAGUGUGAGUUUGGCGUCGACAAAGUCCUCUUUCUUGGUUAUGUAGUUUCCGAUAAGGGGUUGGCCGUGGAUCAAUCUAAAGUUGACGCGAUCAACUCAUGGCCUAUUCCAAAGACAGUUUCGGAGAUACGAAGUUUUCAUGGCCUUGCUUCCUUUUAUCGACGCUUUGUCCAUAACUUCAGUACUAUCAUGGCACCAAUCACGAGCUGCAUUGGGGCAGUCUUGAGCCAGCAAGGACGACUUGUUGCAUUCUACAGUGAAAAACUAGCUGGUGCUCGUGGUAGGUACAGUACUUAUGAUGUAGAGUUUUAUGCCGUUGUCCAAGCCAUUAAGCAUUGGCGUCACUAUCUGGUCCACCGGGAGUUCGUCCUUUUCACUGAUCACGACGCCUUACGACAUCUUGACAGCCAAGCAAAAGUCUCUUCUCGCCACGCCUCGUGGAUUGCUUAUUUACAGCAGUUCACAUUCUCGAUCAAGCAUCAAUCCGGGAAGACUAAUCGUGUGGCGGAUGCUCUCAGUCGUAGGCAUGUCUUACUCACGACAAUGCACACUAAGUGUAGUUUGCGGUUGGAAAUCAUCAGAGAGCUUCAUACGGAAGGUCAUGUGGGCAGGGAUCGCACACUACAUUUGGUCUCCAUCUCUUAUUUUUGGCCGUCAUUACGCAAGGACGUUGAGCGUUUUGUGGAGCGAUGUCAUAUAUGUCAAAAGGCUAAAGGACGUGCUUCGAAUGCAGGGCUUUAUCUUCCUCUUCCCGUCCCUACUCAGCCUUGGACAGAUGUUAGUAUGGACUUCGUUUUGGGAUUGCCCCGAACCCAACGGGGACACGACUCGAUUUUCGUUGUUGUCGACCGUUUUUCUAAAAUGGCACACUUCAUACCCUGCAAAAAGACAACAGAUGCAGUGAAUGUCGCCACUUUAUUCUUCCGGGAUGUGUAUCGCUUGCAUGGAUUGCCUUCGUCCAUCGUCUCCGAUCGCGACACUCGAUUCCUUGGUCACUUCUGGCGCUCUUUGUGGAAGUUGUUGGGUACAUCAUUAGAUAUGAGCUCCGCUUAUCAUCCCCAGUCGGAUGGCCAAACAGAAGUUACAAAUCGCUCUCUUGGUAAUCUUCUUCGUUGUCUUGUAGGCGACAAUAUUAAAACAUGGGAUUCAAAACUUUCUCAGGCAGAGUUUGCGCAUAACCACGCUUUGAAUCGCAGCCUGGGUUUUUCCCCUUUUCAUGUCGUAUAUGGCAUCAUUCCACGGUGUCCCUUGGAUUUGACUACAACACCGGAUCGCACAAGACAUCAUGGCGAGGCUGUAGACUUUGUGGCCGAUAUACAGACCAUACAUCGACAGGCUCAAGCCAAUUUGGAAGCUACAACAAUCAAAUAUAAAGCUUCAGCAGAUAAAAAACGCCGAGAAGUUAUUUUUGAACCAGGGGAACAAGUUUGGGUUUACUUGACGAAGGAGAGGCUUCCACUUCGUGAUUACAACAAGCUUAAAUCAAAAAAGAUUGGUCCUUGUGAG